AUGUCGACUUCUGGAGAAGAAAUGUCUGACGAAUCAUUACUACCAUUACAGGCUGAAGAAACAAUCGAAAAAUUUUUCAAAAAAAAUAAAACCUGGUCAUUACUUAAAUUUUUGAAAUUUAGAGCAGAAAAUGACGAUUUUACAUGCAAUAGGAGAAAGGAACAUGGUUUAUACAAAAAAGCUUUAGACGUAUUGGCGGUAAAUAACGCCCAAGCUCAAGAUCUUCUUCCCGGUUUUAAAACAUAUGUUACUGCCAUAACGCAACCGGAUGCCUACGUACCAACUGGUUAUUCACAAGCUAUGAACGAGAAGUCUUCUGAAGGUGUCAUUAAUUUCUGGGCAAUGAUAGAGAAAAAGUGUAAUGAAGAAAGAAUCGAAAAAGAACGG